AGAAUUAAUUAAAAACCCUUAUCUUCGAGCAACCCAUAUUUUAAGGUCAAAGCGGAGGAUUCAGAUCAUAAACAAGAUACAUAUAGUCCAAAAAUUAUUUUUAGAUAUGGGUCGGGAAAUAGGCCUUAACUUUAUUAUACUCGGUAGUAAUGAUAACAAAUUUGCCUCAAAGAUAGAUAACAUCCUUGCUAACAAAAUAAAAAAGAAAUUAGGUAAAUCGAUCUCAUCUAAUGUAAUUGUUUGUAUUGCCCUUGAUCGUUUACUUUCUGUCCUUAGUGUUUCACAUCGAAAUCCGGGACAGGCAACUUGCCGAAUGAGAAUAAUGCUUUUAAUUGCUUGGAUUGCUGCUGCUGUUAUUUCAGCCCCUCAAUUUGUUGUUUGGAAAUUAUAUCAGGCAUUUGACAAUCCGCCAUGGAGUCAAUGUAUGCAAAUAUGGGAAAUUGAACGGUCACAAUUACAACGAAAUAAUAAUUUCCACCUCGCUUCUAAUGAUACGACAAUAAAAUUGCUUGACAGCAAAGUUAGAUUAAAUAAUUAA